GCUGCAGUGACGGUGCUUAGGUACGAGGGGAUCCCAGUCAUGUCUGGUCGUGGGAAGCAAGGCGGGAAAGUGCGGGCUAAGGCCAAGUCUCGCUCUUCUCGGGCUGGGCUGCAGUUCCCAGUCGGGCGUGUGCACCGGCUGCUGCGCAAGGGGAACUACGCGGAGCGAGUGGGAGCGGGCGCCCCGGUGUACCUGGCCGCGGUGAUGGAGUAUCUGACCGCUGAGAUCCUGGAGCUGGCUGGUAACGCCGCCCGCGACAACAAGAAAACCCGCAUCAUCCCCCGGCACUUGCAGCUGGCCGUGCGCAACGACGAGGAGCUGAACAAGCUGCUCGGGGGAGUCACCAUCGCGCAGGGGGGCGUCCUGCCCAACAUCCAGGCGGUGCUGCUGCCCAAGAAAACCGAGAGCCACAAAGCCAAGGGCAAGUGAGCGCUGUUGCCAACUCCCAAAACCAAAGGCUCUUUUAAGAGCCACCCACAAUUUCAGAAAGGGCUUGGAAUUGCCACGUCAAGGGGAGGUGGGGAAAAUGAAAUAUUGCCUGUUGUCCUUUUAUCCACACAUCAUAAACUUUUUCUGAGCCUCUGUCUUGGUCUUGCACUAAUCAGAUUCCAGCUCUGCACACAAUGGGCUAGGGAAAAAGUUGGCUGUUCAUCUUUUUUCUCUCCCUCUUUCCCAGCGCACACUUUUUGUUACACCCUGUCCUGGUCUUGCACUAAUCCGAUCUCAGAGCCCCACACGUGGGUGAGUGGUUGCAGCUGCUGUGAUUCCUUUACCCGGUCCAUCUUAGAGUUUUCAAACCAUCCCACCCACAGGAGUAAAACAUUUCAAACUCCCUAAAGGCGGUGCCUGGUUUGCUUUGGGUUAAACCUUUUUUUUGCUCUGCUGUGCAGUUUUAUUUUCAUCUGGGAUCCCUGUGCAGAGGUGCUUAUAAACAUCACAACCUGAAAACACUGGCCUAAGCGUCUUUCCUAAAACCACACACAAAAUAUAGUCAAGCUGGGAAAGGAACCAGGCAUCUGGGACUUAAGCUGUGUGUUUUAAGGCCUGGACCAAGGCUACCUGCUAAAGGGAAGGUGUAAUUCACAAUAGCUGUGGGUCUCAGCAUGGCAAGAUAUUUGAAUUAAUUUGUUGCAAGUUUACCUGGCUAGUUGGCAUGUUACUUUUUGUGUUUUACUGGAUUUUAUGCAUUUUUGUCAGUUGUAGGCAAGUUAGCUGGGAGGGGUCUUGAUACAGUCAAGAUAACUAAUUACUAGGGAUAAUUGUCAGGUCAGCAACUUUCUCAAUUAGUUGUUCCACUUGUUGCUACUUUCAGACUGAUCAAAUCACCUCUUAACCUUGUCUUUAUUAAGGUAAAUAGAUUGAGCUCCCUGGGUUUAUCACUGGGGAGAAAAAUUAUGCUACUAUGCAGAAAGAGGGUCUAGCCACUGAAUGCAAUCUAAAAGAUUUGCAAUCAUGUCUACAUGAUAGGAAGUUUACUGUGUGGACACAGACCAUUCACUCCUCAUAUGGUUAUAUUAGAUGUAGAAAUCUGAUCCUAAACUCUUAUGCUAGAACCUGGAACUAUCCACUAGCAAAGAAAAUGAGAACACAAUUGCAGAUACUGUACUAUCUACCCUAGAUUAGAUGUGUUCCAUUACAAGUAAAUGGGGGGUGUGUAUGGUGAGAGAUUUCCAAGAACACAGCAGGAAGAGAGGUACACAAUACAAAAACCAGAGUCCACCCAAGGAAAUUAAUAUUCCGCAGGUUUAAUACAAAUAAGAGGAAGUAUUUUUCACACAGCUAAUUCAGUGCCAUGGGAUGUUGUUCUGCUCAAAAGCAUAACUUGGGGGUCGGAAAAGAACUGGAUACAUUCAGGGAGGACAGGCCUGUUAGUGCAGCAUUUCUCAAAUGUGGCCACCAAGGGCUAUUUUUGUGGCCACAGCCUCCUGGGCUGUGAUUGGGGAGGGGGCAAAGCAGGGGCCCGUCUCCCAGGCUGCCCCCCUCUGAAGACACAAAUGCUGGAGGUGCUGGCAGCUGGUGAAUUCCCCACUUUACUAGGGGGGGAGACUUCAGCUGCAGGGCCUCAGGCUCCAUCCACGUGAUGGCAGGCUCUGGUUCCAGGCUGCGGCCCCAGGCUCACCAUCCCGGCCAUGGUCCCUGGGCCCCACCGCCUCCCUGCCCAUCUCCGCACCCAGGGCUUAAUUUGUCCCAGGACUGGAUAAAUUUUCUGCUGUGAAAAGUGAUAUUAACAAACAUGCAGAUAUCACUUUUGACAGCCGCAGACUUACUAGCUAGCUAGUCUUUUUUAAAAAGCAACCAAAAAAAGCAAAAGAAACAACAACAAAAGAC